AUGCUGCUACGUUCGACACAAAAGACACUGGUCAGUUUCCUGACCAGUCACGAUGCCGUAAAUGACACGAAAGCAGGAAUGCAACGUUGUCUCCGCAAGUUCAAGCCUAGGUCAUUCGACGCCAAGCUCACCACUGGUGUUUGUCUUGCCCUGAAGCAAAUUACCCAAAGUCGGAAAAAACGUCCAGCUUGCGGAAUGCUUCGUUUACUCAGCGUCCACACUUCAGGUUUAGUCCUAGAAGGAUACCCUAGAGUGGAAUGCGCCCCGCCACAACUAGCGAAAAGGGCUGUGCGCCACACCAAAGAGGAAAACUCCGGCCAAGUCACAUGUCUAAAAAAAGUUUGA